CUUGAAUUCUCCUCAUAUCAAUCUUCCAGCAUGUCGGAUGGCCCUGGUCUGCUGGCUUUAAGCCCGCUCGACCACAUCCCGGCGAAGCUCUUCCUGCCGUAUAUCCUGUACUUCGACACGACCGACACGCAGACAGCCCUCUCCACCCUCCAGAAAGGAAUUGACAGGUUGAUUUCAGAAUUGCCCUGGCUCGCCGGAGAUGUGGUUCUCUAUAGUGUGCCAGACGGGCCCAAGAACCGAAUGCAUAUUGCGCCCCCACGUGUUCCUCUUUCUGAUGUCCCUAUGCUGAAGACCAAGCACUUUGACGGCGAUGCAGACUCUCAUUCUCACCCGAUCCAGUCCUAUCUGCCUCUGCCCACAUUUAUCCCAGCCUCCCAACAGCGUCCUGUUCUUCGCUUUCAGGCAAAUGUAUUUCAUAGCAGGAUCAUUGUGGCCAUGUCCUUCUGGCACAGCGUCUUUGAUGGUACCGGGGCCGGUGUGAUCCUGGAAGCAGUCGCCGAGUGCUGCAAGUCAACCAACGAAGAAAUCACAACCAGCCUCGCGCAGACUAUCGCGAAGACCCAUGAUGAUCUCCGGAAGGAAGUCGCAAAAUUUCCAUCUAAAUGUGUGAAGCGCCUCGACCACAGCAUUGAGUUGGGAACGCCUGUUUUUGAUCCCAACAUUUCCACUGAGCAAUGGAAUGCAAUGGAAUCUGCCUUGUCCUCUAUGGUCGAGACAAAGCGAUACACCUUCAGCUCCGAGAAAGUAGCCAAGGUGAAGGACAUUUGUACUCAACUCAUGCCUCAGUUGCAGUCCUCAAAGUGGAUCUCUAGCAACGAUGUUAUUACUGCAACACUGGCCAUCUGU